AUGAACGACCAUCACAUUUCGACUAGUCUGAAACAUGGAACGGAACGCAGUGGGAAACCGGCUGCCCGUGGCGACCAGACGAACGUCUCUCGUACACCAGCUGAUGGCAACAUCCAUUGGACAAACGAAUUUAGCAUAGAGCUAGUGCUUAGGCCUCAUUUGAAGCUGUCCGUUAAAUAUGAAUGCACAAAUGAGCUGAUAUCGGUGUUGAAGAAGUGCGACGCUGACGAUGGCAUCGGAGCUAUGGUACUGACUGGUUCAAAGAAAGCUUUUGCUGCUGGUGCUGAUGUGAAGGAGAUGAGCGGCAUGGACUACGCAACUCUGGUUAAAAAGAACUUCAUUGCCGAAUGGGAAGAAAUCUCUCGCAUAAGAAAGCCAGUGAUCGCGGCCGUAAACGGAUAUGCGGUAAAUUGAGC